UCCCGCUCAGGUUUGACAUGGCGGAGGUUCCGUCAGAUACCAUUGGCAGGGUCCGUCACACCAAGCCGGCCCACGACAUCAAUGCCACGUCCCCCCCGCUCUCCUCUCUCACACCAGAGGACGUCGCUUGCCUGCUGGGUGAGGAGGAGGGGAGUGGAGCAUCGCCAGACUUGGAUCUUGCGGGACGUGCUGCCGUGGUGGCAGCACGGAGACUGACCGCCGCUCCGCAGCCUCCGUUCGCCAUGGCAACGGUUGCUGAUAUGACCGCCGGUCAGGGCAGUGAGGCGGAGGUAGCAGCAGCAGAGCGGAUGCUGGGACAGGACAGCGGGGAUGCUGGAGAGGGCGGGGUUGACGGGGAGUGUGGCUCGUUAGCCACUCUCACCACUGAGCCCCUGGUUAAACCUCCGCUACCCAUCGCUAUCGACGGGUUCAUCCCAAACUCGACGAUAAGAGAUCUCCUCGGCUUUAAGAAGCCGCCGGCGCCCCCUACACUCGCUGCUACACAGUGGAAGCCGAAACAGCUACGCAGCGUGAAGAAGAGAAAGAAGGUGAAGAAGAGCGAGCGGCUGCCACAAGAGGGCGCUGAUGGGGAGCAUGUCAGCAGUGGCGCCAGCAGCAGCAUCGAGUCGGAGGGUGAUCCAGCUGACGUCAUCAUGUGGGCGUCGAGCAGUGAGGAUGAGAUAGAGGAAGAUGAUGUAGACGAGUGCGCAGUCUCCGGACCACCGACAGAGGAUGGAAAGCCGAUAGGAUUCAAAAUUCGGAAGGUGAACAUCAGGCGGGUGUUGUACGAUCCCAGCUGGCCAACGCAGCCUGAGGAUGAAGGCGCGAUACAGCCACAGCAACAGGAGUCCAUUUCCGGAGAUGCUGCAGAGAAAUUGAGCUCUGACCUGCUACUGGCGGAGGAAGCUGGGGAUGGAAUCUUGGACACAGAUGUAGACGAUGGCAUCCCUCUGUUGCUGAAGGAGAUAGCAUUGGAGAGCUGGUUCCCUAAAGAGCUAGAGCUGACGGUGUCCUGGGUGGUCAAAGCCUUCCUCCAGAUCAUGGAUUUCGUCGGGGUUGGCCCACACAAGCACCUGUGCAACUACAUCGUCAGACUUCACACAGAGCUAGAGCUCACGCCGUCUGAGCUUGAUUCUCUCAUCGACCACCUGAUGGCGCAGCUGACGCACAAGCAGGCGCGCAUCCGGUGCAACGCGGUGCGCACGCUGGGACAGCUGGGCAUGGCACGCAGCGACGUUCUCGCAGGUAUCAUGCCGAUGCUCGUAGACGCACAGGUUGACGUAAGGGAGGAGGCGACGAGUACGUUCGUCUGUCUUACCGGAGUCAGCAGCAAGUCUGAGCUGAUCAACUAUUUUGGAAAGAUCGGCGUGAUGAAGCCCUAUGUGAACACAGAGGAGGAGGUUCUGUCUGCACUGGCAAACAAGUUGCAGCAUCAGAGGUCGCCUGAAGGUCAUCCCAGCUUCCCCCAUGACUCUGCUCUGCCGAGCAUCCUCUGGUCGAGCACGGAAGAUGCUGCGUUGCCGUCGGCAACCCCCGACACAUUCACUCCCUGGAUCCUCAACGACUGGGUCAUGAAACACUUCGCCCCUACCAGCGGCCAGGCUGCUUCCCACCAGCAGAUGGCGCAACCUGCACAGAGGGCCCGCCAGCAGAGGGUGAGAGGUGGGAGGAAUGCUGCGGAAACAGGUGUGGGGAGAUCAUCAGCAAGGAGUGGGAUUAGCAGAGGUGUCGGCAGAAAGAGCGAAUUUCCUACUAUCUCCGACUCUUCUGUGCUGCGUAAACCACAACUCGCACGACAAGCGCCACCUAGUAGAGAGAAAUCGAACAAGGUUCCACACAGACCAGCUCGCGUUGCACAGAAAAAGACCCGUGUAGGGCGACAGACGCCGUCUGGCAGAAAGGACUUAUCUAACAUUGAUGGAGGAGGUAUUUUGGAGGAAGUGACGGACGAUCACUAUAAGGGAGAACCAGCAGAGCGUGGUGGGUCUGGUCUCAUGCCUCUGCCGCAGCUGCCCACACGCACGCACGACUGGGAGAACGAUCACACGUCGACACGCGACAGGACGCGUCUCCUGCCAACAAAUAAACGACUCUACAGGAUGUUUGAGUCUCAGUUGGAAUCCAGCACAACUGUCAAAAUCCGUGCAGCCGAAGCCCUGCUGAAACCUGCGCAGCAGCCAGGCGGCACAUCCGAGCCAACCUCCACUCUGCACAGCCUCUCAGACAUGCUGAGGGACUCCGGGUACGCUAGCGGAUUCCUCGGAAGCCAGCAGUGGGCUUCGUCUGACGCAGGCAAGGAUUCCUCAGUAGGUCGCGCCACUGCAGCAGAUGCGGCGCCAGGGGCGGGACAAGAGAACGUUAUCUCCGGCGAGAUGUGGAGACCGCGUUUGAAGCUGCCGCAACUCGUGGAGUCGCUGGUAGAGGGCGCCACGCUGAAAACUUUCGGUCGUCAAGACGCGGCCGCUCAAAUAGGGAGAGAUGGAGGGGAGGGGGAAGGAAAAGAAAGAGGAGAAGGGCAGGAUGGAGCAAUGCUCUCCCAGAAGAGAAGGUCACAAGGAGAACAGUCAGAGAAAGGAGGACAAUCAGGGGUGUCGGGACGGUCCACGAAUGUGGACAAGCACAAUUCACACAAAGGAAGGAUGCAGAAGAUACAUGGAGGAAUGGGACAGGACACGAAUGAAGAAAGGGGACGGGAGAGGCGUGGAGGUAGGGGACAGGACACGAAUGAAGAAAGGAGACGGGAGAAGCGUGGAGGUAGGGGACAGGACACGAAUGAAGAAAGGAGACGGGAGAGGCGUGGUGGAGGUAGGGGACCGGACACGAAUGAGAAGAUGGCAGACGGGAGAAGCGUGGAGGACAUAAUUUAA